AGUGUCCUGAUUCUUUACUCCUCUUAUAAUGAAAUCAGAGUCCAGACCCCGAUCUUUAAGAAAAUCUCCACAGACUCCUGCUGCUACUGGCUCAGAGAUGUACCACUGCUCAGAUUGUGGGACGAGUUUUGCUAAAAGUCGUCACAAGCGCAUCCACACAGGAGAGAAGCCAUUUGACUGUUCCCAGUGUGGGAAGAGUUUUACUGUUCAGAGUACUCUCCAACAGCAUGAGCGCAUCCACACAGGGAAGAAGCCAUAUUACUGUGGACAGUGUGGAAAGAGUUUUACUCGUCAGAGUAGUCUCCAACAGCAUGAUCGCAUUCACACAGGAGAGAAGCCGUAUCACUGUGGACAGUGUGGGAAGAGUUUUACUGUUCAGAGUAAUCUCCGACAGCAUGAGCGCAUUCACACAGGAGAGAAGCCGUAUCACUGUGGACAGUGUGGGAAGAGUUUUACUGUUCAGAGUAAUCUCCAACAACAUGAGCGUAUCCACACAGGGGAGAAGCCGUAUCACUGUGGACAGUGUGGGAAGAGUUUUACCCAACUAUGUGAUCUCCAACGACAUGAGCGCAUCCACACAGGGGAGAAGCCGUAUCACUGUGGACAGUGUGGGAAGAGUUUUACCCAACUAUGUGAUCUCCAACGACACCAGCGUAUCCACACAGGGGAGAAGCCGUAUCACUGUGGACAGUGUGGGAAGAGUUUUACUUAUCAAAGUAAUCUCCAACGACAUGAGCGUAUCCACACAGGAGAGAAGCCGUAUCGCUGUGGACAGUGUGGGAAGAGUUUUACUGUUCAGAGUCAUCUCCAGCAGCAUGAGCGCGUUCACACAGGAGAGAAGCCAUAUUACUGUGGACAGUGUGGGAAGUGUUUUACUGUUCAGAGUACUCUCCAACGACAUGAGCGCAUUCACACAGGAGAGAAGCCGUAUCACUGUGGACAGUGUGGGAAGAGUUUUACUCGUCAGAGUCAUCUCCAACAACAUGAGCGCAUUCACACAAUUGAGAAGCCGUAUCACUGUGGACAGCGUGGGAGAAGUUUUCGUUACCAGAGGGCCUUCCACAGCCACCAGCAGAGUCAUACAGGACAGAAGCCGUAUGUUUGCUCAGAUUGUGGGAAGAGUUUUUCUAAAAGUCAUCAUCUCAAAUAUCACAAGCGCAUCCACACAGGAGAGAAGCCAUUUGACUGUUCCCAGUGUGGGAAGAGUUUUACUCGUCAGAAUCAUCUCCCACGACAUGAGCGUAUUCACACAGGAGAGAAGCCGUAUCACAGUGCACAGUGUGGGAAGAGUUUUAGUUGCCAGAGUAAACUCCAACAACGUGAGCGCAUUCACACAGGAGAGAAGCCGUAUCACUGUGGACAGUGUGGGAAGAGUUUUACUUGCCAGAGUAAUCUCCAACGACAUGAGCGUAUUCACACUGGACAGAAACCGUAUCACUGUGGACAGUGUGGGAAGAGUUUUACUGUUCAGAGUUAUCUCCAACGACAUGAGCGCAUUCACACAGGAGAGAAGCCGUAUCACUGUGGACAGUGUGGGAAGAGUUUUACCCAACUAUGUGAUCUCCAACGACAUGAGCGUAUCCACACAAGAGAGAAGCCAUAUCCCUGUGGACAGUGUGAGAAGAGUUUUACUGUUCAGAGUCAUCUCAAACAACAUGAGCGCAUCCACACAGGGGAGAAUCCGUAUCACUGCUCCCAGUGUGGGAGAAGUUUUCGUUACUAGAGGACCCUCCACAGCCACCAGCAGAGUUAUACAGGACAGAAGCUGUACCUCUGUGGACACUGUGGGCGGAGCUAUUCUCAUUCAAGUUCAUUAAUGACACACAAGUGCUCUGACAUAAAGCCAUGAGAGUUAGCCACGUGAAUUUGUCAAAUUUAGAUACAUGUUUUAAA